AUGCCCCAAAUCACUUUCGUUACUGGUAACGCCAACAAGCUCAAGGAAGUGCUUGCUAUCCUCUCCACCUCCGAGGAGGCCCUGACUCAAGUGGGUAACUUUUCCAUCACCAACCAAGCCAUUGAUCUCGACGAGGUCCAGGGCACCAUCGAUGAAGUCACCAUACAUAAGGCUAAGUCUGCUGCCGAAAUCAUUGGCGGACCAGUGCUUGUGGAAGACACCUGCUUGGGUUUCACUGCCUUCAACGACUUGCCUGGACCAUACAUCAAAUGGUUCGUCAAAUCAUUGGGUUUGGCAGGUAUUGUCGACAUGUUGUACAAGUUCGAAGACAAGGGUGCUAGAGCCAUCACUACCAUCGGAUACUGCGAGGGACCAGGACAAGAAGUGAAGUUGUUCCAAGGUAUCACUGAGGGAAAAAUCGUUUCUUCGAGAGGACCUACCAACUUCGGAUGGGACUCCAUCUUCGAGCCAAACGGAUACGACCAAACCUAUGCUGAGAUGGACAAGCUGGUCAAGAAUGGAUUGUCCCACAGAUACAAGGCUUUGGCCAAGCUCAAGGAGUACUUAUUGAGCCAGUAA